AACACCUCAUUCUUGUCCAUUCUGUGGCAUUGUACUGUUUAUUCUUCUACCAUGAAUACAUUGAUUGAGAAUGCGACUCCCUCUGAUUUAUCAACAGCACCACACAGUCCUUCUGACGAUGGAAGUGACUCCUCUGCUGCCACCAACGAGUGGACGUCCUCGUCUCAAACCGCAGCCACAUCCCUGAUAGGGCCUUCUCAUUCUGGAACAGGUGAAAAGGCUCAUAGUGCCCUGUCCACUGUCUCCGGUCAACUUCAGAAAACGCUGGAUGAUUUCAAGGAUCGUGUCAUCACUUACUUCACAAUGCCCUAUGCCCUAUUCGAUAAAUUGCGGGCUGCUGAAUUAAAGGACGUUAUCGAUUCCAAGGAGGUGAUUACAAGGACUGAUGGGACCAGCCAGAUGGUUUAUAUCUGCCGAGCCUCGACUGUCGAAAGCCUUCCGAAGGACGAGGUUGACAUGGACUGCGAUAGGUUGAAGUCCCUGAGUGCAGAGUACCAGUCGUUUGUUGUCUAUCAUUGUUUCUCAGCUCUCCAUCGAUUGGACAAUAACUAUCGAUUCGGUCACAUUACAGCUGGAACGAGGACCAUUAGCUUGGAGACAUCUCUAAAUUUGUUCGGAAAAGGCUCUAGUAACUAUGACAACAGCUUUGGUGCUGUCAUAUCAGUCGACUUUCGGCCUGCGAUUGUGUUUGAAAUCACCUAUGUUGCCACCAGAGAUAAUACAUACAACUACAAAGUCUCUGAGGAGCAUGCUGAUCAGUGGUUUCAAGAUUACAACAUGGCCCAGCUGUUCCUGUCCUUGGUGGUGGUUGAAAAGCCGAUUCCUGGUAUGGCACACAAACGGACCAAGGCACAACACACGAAACGGUUGAGUGUACCAGAAUUCAGCAGCUUACAAAUGGUCGAUCACGAGGAUUUCAUGUUCUCUGGAUCUGGUCCAACGUCAGGUACAUACAUUGGCCACAUAGGUGUUGCUUUCCACAUGCACUGGCGAGUUCCGAGCCCAGAUAAACCUGAUACCUGGUGUGAUGUUGGCCAUUACGGUCCGACGCCAUUCCUCUUUAACACAGGCAGAAUAAACAAGGAUUUAGAGGAACGUGUCAAAGAAGUACGCCAAACGCUUCACUUGCCCAGCACGUUUGUGUUAGAAUUCGACAAGAAUUCUGUGGAAAAGGCAUACAGUGAAGCUCUUCUUCGUGCCGCCUACUCCCGCGCAUCCUACGCUCAAAGCAACGGCAGUGUUGAAGGCAGUGGCUAGAAGUCCUCUAUUUUGACAUAGUGUAGUCAUGUAGUAAUCGUUUACUUUAUUACAGUACUUGUAAGCAUUUACUAUACUCUUAAA